AUGCAUAAACUGAUACUCUGCUGUCUCAUUAUCGUCAGCUUCUCCUGUCCUCUCUUGUCUCUCCCCAUCAUCAAUGCCAGUGAGACGUCAUAUCAACACUCAGCUGAUGAAGAUUCGAGGUUAAACCUGGAGAGGUUGAGCAGCCUCAGAAGCACCUCCCUGCUCCAGUUCCUGCCAGAGCUCCUGGGCACACUGACUGAGGACAACAAAGCAGGUCUUACCCCCAGCAACUACAACCCAGGGGAAAGUAUCAAAGAGACUUUCUAUGGGAAUCAUCCUCGAAUUGCUUUGCUGGGACGCUUCUUGACCAAGGACAGGAAACAGUACAAGAAACGUGGGAAUCUUUCUGAGUGCUUCUGGAAAUAUUGUGUGUAAACAGGAAACUCCCUGACUGGCUGCAUAAUUUAUACAGAUGUCUGAAAACAUGUAUAUAGA